ACAAGGCGGUCAGCUAGCCCAGCAGUCUUUUUCUCUCUCCCUCUCCCUCUUUCUCCGUUUCUCUCUCUCUCUUGCUCGCUUGCUCUCCUCUCUCUCUCUUCCUCACUUGCGAAGCUAAGGUCCUGCUUAAUGAUUUUGAGAGAAUUGCAAAACCCUUGAUUCAGACUAUCUGGGGAAAAGCAGGCAAGCUUUUACCCCCUCUCCCUCUCCCUCUUCUCUUCGCACUCGCUCUCCCUCUCUCGUUCACUGAGUUCUCUCUCUCCCCCUUUCUCUCUCUCUCUCUCUCUCUCUCUCUCUCUCUCUCUCUCUCUCUCUCUCUCUCUCUCUCUCUCUCUGAGUGUGUGUGUGUGUUUGUGGUCCUUGCGCUGAUGAAGAAGAGGAAAAGCAAGAGGCAGCCGGAGGGCGGACGUCCUUGUCCUUGAAAGGGGAAAAAAAGAAGACAGAGAACCUGCACCCGAGAACUCUUAGAGGGAAGCCAGGAUCCUGUAAUGAAUGUAUCAAAGGCCCAAGUUAAUAGCGAGGAUAAGUACGGCAAAUGCGGUGCAUGGAGAAUGCAACAGCAUUACAACGUCGAUACGCAUGCGCUCUAUAACCAAAGCAGGCUCCUUUGCAGAAUGUCCAGCAAGGACCAUCACAUUGAGUCUAACUGCCCUUCAUAUAUCAAGACGGAACCCUCUAGCCCAGCGUCGCUGACCGACAGCGUGAACCACCACAGCCCCGGCGGCUCAUCGGACGCCAGCGGCAGCUACAGUUCCGCCAUGAACGGCCACCAGAACGGCUUGGACUCACCCACACUGUAUGGCCCGGGAGGCACACUGGGCCCCAACGGUACCGGUGCUAAGCGCUAUGAAGAUUGCUCCAGCACCAUCGGUGAAGAUUCGCAGAUCAAGUGUGAAUACAUGCUUAACUCCAUGCCCAAGCGCCUGUGUCUGGUGUGCGGUGACAUUGCAUCAGGUUACCACUAUGGCGUGGCCUCAUGUGAAGCCUGCAAGGCCUUCUUCAAGAGAACCAUUCAAGGCAAUAUCGAGUACAGCUGUCCUGCCACCAACGAGUGUGAGAUCACCAAGCGCAGACGGAAGUCCUGCCAAGCUUGCCGCUUUAUGAAGUGUCUCACCGUCGGAAUGAUGCGGGAAGGAGUGCGGCUGGACAGAGUGCGCGGCGGCAGACAGAAAUACAAACGUCGGAUAGAUGCAGAGAACAGUCCCUAUCUGAACCCACAGCUGGCCCUGCCGCCCAAAAAGCCAUUCCCCUUUGGCUGCCUUGCAGAUAAUAAGAUCGUGUCACACUUGCUGGUUGCCGAGCCUGAGAAGAUCUAUGCCAUGCCGGACCCGACUGUUCCUGACAGCGACAUCAAGGCUUUGACCACGCUGUGUGACCUGGCAGACCGGGAACUGGUGGUCAAUAUCGGCUGGGCCAAGCACAUCCCAGGCUUCUCCACGCUAUCCCUGGCUGAUCAGAUGAGUCUGCUACAGAGUGCGUGGAUGGAGAUCCUGAUCCUGCGUGUGGUCUACCGGUCACUGUCAUUCGAGGACAAGCUGGUGUAUGCUGAGGACUACAUCAUGGACGAGGACCAGUCCAAGCUGGCCGGCCUGCUGGAUCUGAACAAUGCCAUCCUCCAACUCGUGAAGAAAUACAAGGGCAUGAAGCUGGAGAAAGAGGAGUUUGUGACUUUGAAAGCUAUAGCGCUUGCAAAUUCUGACUCCAUGCACAUAGAGGACGUGGAGGCGGUGCAGAAGUUGCAGGAUGUGCUGCACGAGGCGCUGCAGGACUACGAGAGCAGCCAGCAUCCCGAGGACCCACGCCGUGCCGGAAAGCUGCUUAUGACGCUGCCACUGCUGCGCCAGACGUCCACUAAAGCCGUGCAGCACUUCUACAGCAUUAAACAGGACGGCAAGGUGCCCAUGCACAAACUCUUCCUGGAGCUGCUUGAGGCUAAAGUCUAGCUCGAUCACUGAGGCCUAGAGCAGUUCCAUCAUCACGGAGCAGCCUGGGCCUACACACUACUAGCGCUCUCACUACACAACACUGGGCAGGUGAUGACUGAUAUACCGUGAAACUUUUCUCAACAACAGUAUCUAAUACCGACAACAAAACCUUAACGAUACUCCGAACUAUUGACGUUAUGCUAGACGCAUAAAAGAAAUAACGUGUGGCUGUUGAGCAAAAACUAAAACAAAAUCCUGUUAAAUAGGACAAGACUUUGAAAAAAAGACUAUUUAGCAGGAGGACUUUGUUCAAACCAGAUUUUGACUUCUUCUUCUUCUUCUCUGAAAACCACUGCAGUUUUUCGAGCUUUCGAAAGAACAUUUUGUUGAUUUUCACCUGGAACACAGGAACCUGGAUCUAAGAAUGACAAACCCUGCCAAAGGAAGGAGUUCCACUGAGUGGGAUGCCAAUGAAACUGUAACGUCCCAAACGCACGUCCGAUAAUCCCUCUAUCACAACAGCCACGACCUGACAGCAGGCAGUAGUGUUACCACCUGACCUCACACGAGCAGUCUGACAGCGCAUUCGCCAAACAGAGAUUUUAUUUGUUUAUUGGUUUUUUGAUUUAUUUCUGGCUUCUUUUUUUUUCCUGAAGAAGCUGCUCCUAAUAUUUUCUCAUUUUCACCACAAGCAGUCACCGGGGCUUGAUUCCCUUCUUCUUUCCUUUCGAGUCUUCCAAACAACCUUUAAUGAUUUCAUCAUUUCUCUUUUCAGGGAAUAUUCCUGAGCAUUAGUCUCUCAUGCAAUAUGUAACAGAGGUACUAUAGUGAACAAGGAAUAGCCUAAUUUAUUUAUUGAUAUUUUACUGUGCUUUAUCUCAGUGCAUUUAUACUGAAGGGUGUAAAUAUAGUAUGUAGUAUACGGACAUCACACUUGCAUUUGAUCACAUGUUGAGAAUUAUUAUUAUUAUUUAUUUUUUUUCUACCAACUCUAACACUUUUGGGAGCUGUUACGAGUCAGAAGAGAAUGCUUGCUAUCUUCUCUAAGCAAUAGAGGUUCUAAAAAUGAGUGUAAAUUUAUGCAAUUUCUGUUCGUGCCCGAGAUUUCUUGCAGCUUUAACUUUCUUUCUGUGGUUGAUACAGUAUGAUAUUUGAUCGAUGGCCGGAAGGACCAUGAACAUUAACUCAACACAACCAGAUCUGCAUUUAAUAUUACCACCAAACUUACUUUUACUGAUAUAAUUUUUUUUUAAUCAAAACAGUAUAUUAGCACUUAGGACGAGCAUCAGUGUAGCUCUAUCUUCAUGUGGUUCUUUUACCAAAACAGGGCGAUGAUGAUGAUGAUGAUGAUGAUGAUCACAAUGUAAUCUUCAAUACGGCAGUUUGCUUUAAUUACUUAAGCAAGGUAUCUACUUCACAUUACCAUCAGAAAUAUGUCAGUAUUAGUAGGUCUAUGGGGGUAUUUUUUUUUCCUGAAUAUUCUUUAAACGUUGUAUAUUGUAAAGUAAGAUUAUAAAACUAACCCGAUGCUUUAAAAAAAAGGCAAAAAAAAAAGUUCAGCUUCUACGUGUUCCAUGUCCGUUGUACUUUUUCCCUUGAACUGCUUCUUUUUUUAUUUGUUUUCUUCUACCUUUAUUCUGUGUGGGUUUUUUUCUUUAAGACAGGGUAGAAACAGAGACACUACUGGAUGUAUGAAUGAAUCCUCAGGAGACAUGGCAUGGAUGAUGGGUUUCAAAUCACAUUCUGGCAUAAAGGACUCUUGUGAAGUUAACGCUAGAUCAACAGUUUCAUGAUCAAUGUAAUCUAUACUGAUGUAUAAGUGAUUAACAGUUAUUUAAAGGAAGGAGCAACAUAUAAUUAAAAAAGGGAUCAUUUUAUCUAACUACUUUCCUGUAGACUAACACUGUAUAUCUUAGGUUUAAAAUGAAAAAAAAAAUGUUUUUGAGUAUUUAAACAUGGUAGUGAUUUUUUUUAAUUAUUAUUAUUAUUAUUUUCUUUCUUUCUGUCUUCUUUUGUUUUUUGGGGUUUUUUUAUAACACGCUGCUGUAUAUAAGGCCUUCCAUGCUGAGCGACUCUUGUAAUAUUAUCUUUAAUUCUUUGAGGCUGCAACGGAAAGAAAUGUUAUUUGUUUUUGGUGUAGGAUCCAGUUUCUAACACUCGUGCUUCAACUUUGUGUGCUAAAUAAAAAUGAAGAGAAAAGGACUUAAAAAAAAAAAUCUUGGAAUAAAACAGGAAUAAGGGUUUUAUUCUGGUUUUUUUCUCCCUUCUGUGUUCUUUAAAUACUGUAUAAUAAUGUCAUAAACUAUACAAAAAUCAUUUUUGACUGUGUUUUCAAGAGUGUAAUUUUUUUCUGGACAUAAAUCAUGGCUAAACAUUGGAUGGUCAAAAACCGGAGGGUUUCUGCUGUUGAUCGGAUGUUGGCACUUUCUUUUCUUUUUCUUUUUUUAAUACACUGUUCAUGGCAGAAAGGUGCAGUUUCUUCCUUUGUGAGUUUUCGUUCCUCUUGUCAGUUACAUUUUGUCUUUCUAAUGAUGUGUACAGCGCACCAGUGCAAUUCAUCCUUUGAAUUGAUUGAAGCUGAGCUUUCAUUAUUAUUAUUUUUUUAUUUUAUUUGUUUUAAUAAAAAGUCACACAGAUGUUACAGCAAGCAGUCCUGGGCCUGGGUGCAUUCUAGGAGCUGACUUGGGAUCAGCUGUCCCUCUCUAUAAAUUCAAGGCAACAACUGACCCACUUCAAGAGUCACUGUUAAAGCCUGAGGUGCACUGAGUCCUGAGUUACAUGAAGCAUUCGCACAAAAAUAUAGAUUCUUCCAAUAAUAACGACUCCUUUAGCGAUACUUGACUACAUAACUUUGAACGGUGUAGUACCAAGGUUCACUUAGAUCAUCAAAAGAAGGCUCUAUUUGCUCUUAAAUAUAUUAGAGUAGCGUAAUCAAAGUGUAAAUCACCAACAAUCUGUUGUUUUUUUUCCAACAUAUUUUCUUAUUUAAAGCAAUAUGUGUGGCAAUCAGGAGUCACACUCUGCAACUGAACUAGAUCAAAAAUGCUGUAUUUAUCGGACUAUUUUGCAAUGUAAGAAAUAAUGGGGGGGGAAAUAGAUGAUGUACAAACAACUGCUAUUUUUUAUUAUAGAGGACCUUAUGGGCAUGGGAUGUAUUUAUUCAUGUCUGGAAAUGUAUUGAAGGAUUUUUCAAUUUGCAGCGGUGCAAAAUGUUAGAAACACUAAUCAACAACUGGAGGAAGAAGGGACAGGGAGGGGGAGGGAACAGGGACGGGAGGGUAUUUAAAAAAAAUACUAAAUAAACAAAAAACCUAUAUGAUCACUAAGAUGAUAUCAAUUUACAGUCCAGGAGUUGCUGAAACAGCCUGUAGUGAGAACCAUGUCUGUAGCUCUAGAUGUGCUGAACAUCAGUGAAACAAUUACUUGUAUAUUUUUGUGACGUGUACCAUACAGUGUGCUCCAACAAUUCUGUCCAUUUGUGUAAAUGUAUUUAUUUUACAUUGUAUAUAUUGUUCAAUGCAAAAAGAGAGACCUAUGAUUCUGUAACUACGAUCAAUUCAGAUGUGUAACUCCAAUUAUGCCUUUCAGGAUAAUGGUAGAGCAAUAUUAAAACAUGCUUCCAGUUUUGACUUUCGAGA